AUGACCGGGACACUGCCAACCGAACUCGGUUUGAUGCAACACUUGGUUUUUAUUGGGCUUGGAAACAACCAAAUCACUGGCUCUAUUCCCAGCGAGAUUGGAUUGCUCUCAAAGCUGUCUGGAUUGAGCAUUGGUGGAAACUUGAUUACCGGAACGCUUGCCAGUGAGCUAUUCAUGAUGCCCUCGCUUCAAAAACUCAUUGUUGGAAGCAAUUCGCUUCGUGGUGUCAGAGGCAAUCUGCUGACUGGGAGCCUUCCCAGCCACGUCGGAAGAAUGAGUAUGCUGGCCCACUUGGAAUUGGACGACAACUUCUUCACUGGCAAACUUCCCACCGAGCUUUCUCAGGUGACGCAGCUAAAACAACUAUUUCUGCAGCACAACUCCUUCCAUGGCACGGUUCCCAUUCGAGAGCUGCAAAAUUUGACUGCCCUCGAGCAGCUUCGCUUGGAAGGCAACGACUUCUCGGGACGCAUUUCUGCUGGACUCGAACACAUGUCGGACCUGGUAGUGCUGGAUUUGUCCAGCUUACCCUUUCUGACGGGAACCCUUCCAUCGGAAUUGACUCUUUUGACCAGUUUACGGCAUUUGAAUAUUAGUGGCAGCUCGAGCCUGGCUGGGACACUUCCCGAAGAGAUUUGUGUUCUUCAGAAUGCUUCGUCCUGCAAGUAUGGAGCAUACGGCACAAAAAUGUGCUUUUUGGGGUUUGAUUGCUCCGACCAGCUCUGUGGAUGCGACUGUCGGUGCCCCGCAGCCAAUGAGAGCGUCCGUUUACUAAUCUAG